AUCCUACCCUCGCGUUGUGGAAAGUGCGACGAGUGCGAUUGUACACCGGACUUCUUAUAUAAAGCGGUCGCCAGUUCUCCGGAGCUCAAUUCCAACUCCAAACUCGUACUGAGACUUUGAUUUAUUCCAACCACCUGCAAUCAUCAUGACCAAACUUUGGGUGAGUCUGCUGCUGGCAGCUGUGAUGAUGGUCGUCUACGUGCAAGCGGUCGAGCCGGUCGCUGCUGAAACUCUGGAAACGGCCGAGACCGCCCACCGUGGAGGCGGCUAUGGAGGCUACGGCGGUUACGGAGGCGGCUAUGGAGGCUACGGUGGUGGCCACAGAGGAGGAUACGGAGGAUAUGGAGGCCACGGCGGCUACGGUGGCCACCGCGGCGGCCACAGGGGAGGACACUUUGGCUAAAAAAAUUCUUAAUUGACUCCUUUUUCGUUUCAAAAAACGGCCUGAAUAUUGAUAACACAUUUUAAAGAGCAAUUUGUAUAACUCAUAUUUUGAUAUUUCGAUUUCGCCAGAAAAAAUUCAUAUUGUCAAAAUUUCUUUGAUAGCAGUAAAGGAGUUCUUAAGAAAAAAAUGCACUUUUAAAAAUACAAAUGUAAGAAAGUCUGAAAAUAACUGGAAGAAAAGUUGCGAGAGCAAACAAACUUAUUGCAACUACGAGUACGGAGAAGCAUAAAAUUGACGAUCUUAUUUAGUGUAAAUAUUUCACGACAAAGUGAGCAGAGAAAAGUUUGUGCAGCAAAAAAUUUAUUACUUGUGUACAAGAAUUUUAUUUUUAUAUAUGCACUAUUUAAUAAAGUGUGCCGAGAGGCACUUCUUAAAUAAAAAUA